AAGAAAUAUUUUUCGAAAACAUUCGUCAAAUUAUUUUUUAACAAAUUUAAAUUAAUUUUUACCUAUAUCUACAUGUAUUAAUAAUUAAUAUUAUGUCCUUUAAAUAUUAUUUAGGAAAUUUGCUUUUAUUUAUCGUUGAACGGGCAUUAACUUUAUAAGAAAGCAUUAUAUGGAUGUAUGAUUUUAUCUGAGAUUUCUUGUGUAAUGUUUCUGUAAUACAGUUAGACAUGAUAAUUUAUGAAAGAUAAAAUCAUUUAAUCAAAAGAAAUCAAAACUAGAUACGAUGUUUCCAAAGUAAUCUAAAGUAAUCGCAUUAGGUUAUAUUCACUGAUCUAGUCGUAGAGGAAGCAAUUCUUAAAAAACCAAAUUGAAAAUCAGUACAUGGCAAAGAAGCUGGAUGAACAUACCGUUUCCAUAUUAUCAUGUUAAUGAGCAUUUAAUAUCACAUUUUUUAUCAAGCUCGUAAAUUUACCGUUAAAGCUGUUUUAAGCGCCAUAUGUGCCUCGCCUUUCCCACGAACUUUAUAUUAAAAAACCUAUGUCGACGGUGUUUCAAUUGUCGCAUACGCUUUUACAUAUCGUGAAUUGCAAACAUUUCUAGCAUUCAAAAUUUUUAUAUUUCGACCUCAGUCGGGUCAUGUAUGGAUUAUAGAUCCGUUUACCGAUCUAACGUUUCAUUCAAAGAAAUUCAAUUAAUUCGUGCAAAUGAACCGCUUGGUUAAAGGCAAACUUUUCGCUUGGAAGGAAUACACGAGGCAUGUGCAUGUGUAUUUUUGUGCAGUCAGAGUGGCGGAUUCGUAGGCUGGUCGGUCGCGAGGCGAAGGGCCGCGUCACGAAGGCAAAGUUAACGGCCCAUAAUUCAUAGCCGACAUAUAAUAAAUAUCGUUACUCCAUCGUAAGCGCACGUAGACACGCGCAUUGCGGUCUUAUGUGCACGUACCCUUCGUGUAAUAUGUAUGUAAAGAUGUAAAUGUUGGCGACUCCAUAUAGGCUUUCCCUGAGAUUACGUGGUGAGCUUUCGUCCUUGGCAGAGGUAAUAAAAGUCUCCUUUAACAAUGCACUCACGCGCAGAAUAAAAUAAUAGUCGCCCUUUUUAAAAGCCUUUUUACCCUUUUAUCGUGUACUGUGAAUAUACAGACGUUUUUUAAAAUUCGUGGUCAAGAGAAAUUCUUUAUUGGGCCGUAGCUUCUUUGAACGUAUUGCUUUUAUAUUCGUUAACUCAUUUAUCUUUGAAACGUUUUUGCUAUCUUCCAGUGUAUGUCAUUCGCAUUAAUUUUAUGUAACUGGUUUUGUAAUAAAUAAUUGUGUAAUUGUUGUUAUUUUUAAUAGAAUAUUUACAUUUAUUUCGAGUUUUCUUAACUGUAUAAAUAGUAUACGUUUAAAAGUAUUCGCAUAAUAUAUUUUUGUAUCUUUUUUAGGUUAUUUGUUCUUCUUUAUGAAUUCGUUUCUUUCGCCACAUUGAUUUAUUGCUUUAAAAUUAUGUUUACAAAAAUUAAUUUAUAUACAAAUUAUAAACUUAUAUUUACAAAUAUUUUAUUUCCGAAUCUAUUACAUCACAGUAUGACUACACCGACUGUAUAUGUAAAUGACUAACGGUAGGCAGAAACAAAAAAAAUUUUAUACACUCGCAUUUUUAGUCUUCCAUGCCAUUGGGUCAUUGAACUUACGAAACAACGUUGUAUCCUUGAGUUACAAGUUUAUGUUUUUCGUUUUCUUCGACAUCGUGUAUAGGAGAGAGUAUGUAUAAAUAAAUGUAUGCGUAAAUGUCACGACAAUCUCAUAUAUUUCACAUUAACUUCAACGAUCCUCCGAAGGAAUAAGUUCCAAAGAUACUGCAAAUAUGCUUGUAAACUCUAUUCGUGUGUGUGAGCGUGUGUAUCAAAACGAGAUAAAAAAUAUUAUACGCGCAGAGGAACCCAAAAUAAGGUGAAUAAAAAAUAUCUUGCAUGGCCGACCACCGCGGUUUGCGGUUACAGUGUGCAACGAAAAAAGAAUUCUUCAUUUCGUCUCUUUCUUCUUCCUUUCUUCAUUCGACUUGUUCCUGUCCUCUUGGUUCGCCAUCCUUCUCUUCGUUCUUCGUUCGUGAGACUUUCAACGUGUGUAGACAGCCGGAUUUAUAUUCAAAUGAAUCGCCGUGGAAGGGUCGACUUAUCAACGUAUCAAACCCGACGAGGCGAAGAAUAGACAAGGGGGUGAGUUGCGAAAGAAUGUUUGCUUCUUGAUCGAUCACUGGUAUCGCUUGAGGGAAUUGUUAUUAAUUAUCCUAAGAACUUGUUCCUUGAUAAUUAAUUCUGGAAUACGAAGAACGCCCAUUUCGUAUUGUAGUCGAAUCUGUCAUUUAUCAUAUUAUUAUCCAACUAAAUAUUUAUGUAUCAUCGACGACUGGCGUUCAGUGUUGAACAUUAAAACAAAUUUUAUAUUUUAUAUCGUAAUAUAAAAUGUUUUCGAUAUUUCAAAAGACCAAUGUAUAUAGUUUUUAACUCUUUGCGCUUGUACGAAAUAUUUUUUUAGUAUACUCGCGCGAUACGUUGUAAUUAAUACGCACAGAUUUAUAUACGUAAAAGAUAACCGUGGCAAUUACGUAGACGGAUAGCCAAUAACGACGAUUGCCCUUUCGAAAUAUUACGCGGCGAAUAGUCAUUAUUUUGUGAAUAAGCUCGAAAAGUUUUUCGAGGGCGCAAUUAUCGGCAGAACGAUUUCCUUCGUUCGCGCCGCUACAUGACUUUAUUUAGCUUUAGUUUGUUGAAACCGGUUGCAAGCGACUUCUCUCUUCUCUUACUGCAAUACCGAGAGUUCGGUGCUCCGCAUCAUUUAGGGUUCCUCGGGUGGAGGAAGGAAUUUCGCGUUCACCACGCUCGACAGCUUCUUUCGCAUAAAGGUAAUCCUUCGUGCAGCAACUUUCGAAUGAUUUAGUAAUACGUGCUUUGAUUUAUCGAGUAUUUAUGAAUUCGUAACACCAAUCAUUUUUCGUUGGGUUGCGUUUAUAAGUUACACGAUUUCGAAAAAAAUAUUAAUAGAAACGAAACGUUAUAAUUCAUAGGAAUAAUUGGGUUGCAACUGCGAUAUCAAUCGGAUUAAUUAGCGAACAGAAUGAUCAAAUAUACUGUACGAUUAUAAAUACAAUUAAAUUGUGACGAAGUGAUUUACUAAGUUAGUUACGAUAUAAUAGAUUACAGACGAUAAUCGUAACAAUUUAGUUGCGAUAGUCGAUUUAUCUUGCGAUCGAGGAACUUUUAAAAGCUUCGAUCCCUUCGGGGAAUGACGUUCAAGUGCAAAGAAAUUCGGUCAGGGCCGUCAUACGACUCGAUCUUCCGCUUUUUGCAGUUAAAGAGUCGCGUCUUAAUUAUCCUUUUUUCUUAUCCGUCGGAGCUUGUAAAUUACAUUCCAUGGUUGGCCGACGUACCAGGAGGAAAGCGGAUCACCGUGCUUCGCAUUAGAUCGAGCGUGGGUAGCUUGCGUCAUUAAGCAUAGUAACUUACGGUACAAGAAUGACUUUGGCUUUGGCGGAGAAAGUGACCGGGUGUGGCCAUUGCGAGACAUUGUACAUCGUACGCAUUUGUAUACACUAGCCUCGAAGAAAGAUUUUCGUUGUUCGUUGUCUUUGACAGCGUCUAUUGUUCUAUCGAUUUUUCCCUUGUCUCAAUGGUUAAGACGUUUCUCUUAGUAAAGCUGUUCUGAAACUGCAACCCAUAAGGAUGUAAAUCUCAUUUCUAACAGUCGGGUCUGCCAGUACGGCAGUUAUUAUCGAGAAAGGAAUUUAGUUGAAGAAAUCGGCGAAUUCUUUUUGUUUUAAUGAAUUCUUACUUAGCGAGAAAUUGAACGUAAUUCACGUGGAGAUAUUAUCUACGCUCUAUGAUUUUUGUACAUUAUGAAACAAAUAUAAUUUUUUUCAUAUAUGAUUUUAUUUUCAAGAAACAUCGUUGCCGAUGUACUUUGUAUAGCUUUAAUACGUAUAAUUUCAUCAGAAUGAUACAGAUUGUAUCGUACCUGGGGAUAUAUCGUAAAUGCAACAUGUCUUCGUCGACUGAUGUUUGCUUCGAAUAACGAGAAGGACGUAAAGCAUGUUCAAACCUCGAAUAAACGUAGAAAAACUGGCCUCCAAGUCUUGCGAGGUACGCUGCAAAGCUUUGUGUCAAAUUUGUUAUAGCUUCCCACGGAUUAAUGGAUACUUUGGAUAAGUGCAUCCAUAAUUGUAGUACUAAAAGUUGACUUCUACUUUUAAACAUAUAGGCGAUGACUUGGAUCGCUAAAGUAAACUGCAUCGAGUUAAACGCCAUUAAAAUGUGGUGUCCGUCGAGUAUACGUUAGUAGCGGAAAUGAUGGAAAUUCUAGGCACUGAUGCAUUCGAAUUUCAAGAUUUUUAUCUGGCGAGCUCUGUGUUUGGAAUCAUUGUUUUCAGGAAACGUAAGAAACGUAAGACGUGUUCGAACUUACUAUCAACCAAGUUGAGCCACCCGAACCAAACGUGCAAACGGUUUGGCCGGUUUUCGAGGUAGAGUUCAUCGAACCUUGGUUGCAAGGGAUUGAUCGUGUAUGGCUACCGAAGGUAUGUGCACAAACAAUCAUUGAUCUGUGACGCCCGACCGCCUACAUAUUACUUACAUAUUAUCUAGUUCGAGCUCAAAUAGGACGCGCCGCUUAGAUUCAGAAACAAAACCUCUGUUAUCACUUUCAUCAGCUACGAAUAAUUUUAUAAGCAAUUUCUAGGCCAAGGUAAAUAAUUUUCACUACUAGCGUCGAGUAAGAGUUUUAUCCGAUCGUAUAUAACUACUUGCUCUUCUUUUAACGAAGAUCUUUCCUUUCAAACUGUCGUUAUAUAUCAUUGGCUAUUUUAUUAUAUACUUAUUACAUUAUAUUUAUUAUAUACCAAGACGACUGGAUUGAAAAUAAAAUUAUUACAAUUCUUUUUACAGUGAAUUUCGUAAUAAAAAAGAAGACCGUGGAUCUGUCCGUGAGAAUAUUUGCCAUUUUUCGUAGUUUAAGAAUGCACAGAAACUCGUUAAACAUUUAUCCACCAAGCCGUACACUCGCCUCUUUCCUCUUCUUUGCAACUGAGAAGAACCGUCCCGGGACCAUUGUUAAAUCUUUUUCGAGGUGUGCCAUUCUUCGGAGGAAAGGGAGGCGGGCGCAUAAGGAUGCGCUUACGCAGGAAACGGUGCAUGUCCCGGUGACGCUACAGAAACUUGGAGCCAUACAGAGCCAUACAGAGAUAACCACGGAAGUACGGAUGACGCGAUGAGACUGAGCCCGAUUAUCUUGUCGUGGGCCACAGCGAGUUGGCUUGGUCCAACCGGAACUACGGCGAUACGAGCUCAAGCCUCGAAGGACUACGAGUUGUCGACUGAAUUCUUCCUGGUACCUAGCGACGUAGCGAUGGACAAGAACGGUCUGGCCAGUGUAGCGAGUGUCAUCAGCGUUCCAGCACCGAACAGGACGGUUUCGGUGUUCAAAAUGCCUCCUGGAAAGAAGAACCAGGAGAUCGAGGUCGAUACUCGGCCGUACUCGAGGUCCUUGCUCAGACAACGACCCUGGGCUCUUCCUCUGGCGGCCCUCAGCGCAGCCACGAUGCUCCUCAUGGCUGGCUUCGAGGUUUUCGUACUGCUCAAGGCAAGGGUAACCGCGCCAAACAGACGACAUUUAUUUCUGGGACAAGCUCUACUUUUAGGCCUUUUCCUCCUGGCAGGACUCUCAGCAGCAGCCUCCCUCAGUCAAAACCCUCUGUCAUGCGCUGCAUUUAGAUUAGUCGGCUUACCUGCUGCUCUUGUAUUUGCAGCCUUGCUGGUUAAAUGCGUGUUCCUGCUCUCGUUAAAUAGUGGAGUUUAUCUACCAGCACCUUAUCAAGCACUAGUAUUGGGAUUCGCCGUGCUCGUGCAGGUAGCUAUCAUUGGACAAUGGUUUUACGGCGAACCACCUACGGUGGUUCAGGUACAAAAUACAGGACAAAACUCUCCAAUGUCCUGUUGCAAAACUCCUCUUGGACAGAUAGUGGCUUCCCUCGGAUAUCCGGGCGCGCUGUUGGUUGCAGUAGCUUGUUUAGCAGUUCGAGCACGCGGCGUUCGAGACAACAACCGGGAAGCAGCAUUUAUUGGCUUGGCUGUUGGUUUAUCGCUUCCGAUUUGGAUAUCGAGUGCGAUCGGUUCAGUGGCUGCCUCGACGGAGAGUGACAGAGAAGCCUGGCUAGCUUAUGGUUUAUUGACUACUUCCCUUCUCGUGUUCCUGACGAUGUUCCUGCCGAAGGGUCGGCAGUUAGCUGCCCUCGGUCGAGAAGCUUCCGCAACGGUGAUUCGUGAUCGAGACGAUGCUUUGAGCUCGCUUCCUGGCAGCCGUUACUCGCCUUCCUUCUUCCACUUCAAGCCAGCUGAAGCUUCUUUAAAGAGAAAGAUGCAUUAUCACAGCGGCGAUCGCGUGGCAUUAGUUUCAUCCGCUAUACCUGGAUGCACUGCCUGCAGGCAUGGUGGAAGCCCCAUAUACUCCGACGAUGUUCAUGCACCGAUGGAGACGUUCGUCUUACCACCAGGCAUGUAUUUGAGGCCGGAAGACGCAGGAAAUUUGUACACAACUCUAUCAGCAAAUCCGAACGUAUUCUUUCAACGAGCAGCUCAUCCCGGGAUGAUGUAUUGAUAAUUUUCCAGACACACAUUCAAAUAAAUGUCCGAUAAAAGGACUGCUUUUCUACAUUCUUAGAUUAGAUAACCAUCAGGCGAACUUCGUUUUCUGUUCGCUUGUUUUGUUAUUGUUGAUAAUAAAACGUGUAAGCUUCGUUGGAGAUCUUUUUAUUAGCUUCUCUCAUUGUGGAAGCUAUGCACGAUUAUUUCGAUAACAAAUCAAAAUAUAGCAACUGGAGGCGAAUUUCGCAAGAAAUUAUAAUAAAGGUACGAUCCAUUUUUUA